AUGCAGCACGACUUUAAGAUUGGCAUGGCCAUUGUAGGGAGCGGGAACUUUGCCCGCGAGGAACACCUGUCAUCUAUCAUAGACUCCAGUGAUUGGGGCUGCAUCCUCAAAGCCGUCUACUCCCGCUCUCUGCAAUCAGCCGAGAAACUCGCAGAGGAUAUCCCAGCUACAGUGGAGAAGAUAAAAAGAGGAUUUCCAGUUCCAGACGUCGAUAUUUACUCCGAUGACUCGGGGCCGGGCAAGGGGUAUACGGACUUGCUUGCCCGUGACGAUAUCAUGGCUGUGACUAUUGCUCUCCCGAUUACGAUCCAGCCGGAGUAUAUUCGAUUGGCCAUUCAGGCGGGGAAACAUGUUUUCUCCGAGAAACCUAUUGCCAAAGACGUUGCUACGGCGAUUGAAUUGAUAAGAUGGUAUCGCUCCCAGACAGGUCCUGACCGGAAGAUCCUGUGGGCUGUGGGAGAGAACUGGCGAUGGAUGGACAAAUACAAGGAAACCUCGACCGUGAUUGCGAAUCAAGGGUGCCCAAAGAGUUUCCGGGUCAAAGUGCACAGCAUGAUCAAGCCUAAUUCUAAGUACCACAAAACGGAGUGGCGCAGAAACUCUGAAUACCAAGGCGGAUUUCUCCUAGAUGGCGGUGUCCAUGUAGUCGCUGCUCUACGGUUGAUGUUGAAGGAUAGCGCUUAUAAUAACCCCCUGGCUACUGUUUCCGCGCAGUGUAGUCUGCAACAGCCACAUCUUGCUCCGAUUAAUACGAUCGAAGCAACCAUAGAGGCCAAGAACGGGACACAAGGCACUUUAUCUUUGUCGUAUGGGUCGGAAUCCAACGAUCAAAUUUACGACUUCAUAUACAGUUCGGGUUCAAUUACGCUUGAUGGCGAUACUCUCACAGAUCGAGGGGAAAUCGCUUUCACCGGCCGGGGUGUCACAAGUGAGAUGCGUGCAUUUGCCUGUUCGAUUUUGGACAGGAGCGGAGUGGUGCACCAGCGCAUGUCACCCGAGGAGGCAUUAGCGGACCUGGAAGUCAUGGAGAAGAUGAUCCAGAGCAGCGAACACGGCGGCGAGAAAAUGGCAUUAAAGUAUCAAGUGUGGCAUUAG